AUUUCGAGCAGGAUCUGCAUAUCCAAAACAACACAGAGUGAGAACAGAAUGUAAAUCAAAGUGUUAUUGUGCGCAAGGGAGAACAUUGUAGUAUCUAUUUACAGUCGUGCAGCUCAAGUAAAGAUGCAAGUGGUGGGGAAGUUUUUCCUGCGGCGCAUCGGUGUGCCAAAUUUGCUUCAUGGAAUCUCAAGAAGUGCGUCGUCGGGUUCCAUGGCCAUCGAUGACCCUCUCAACUAUUGGAAUGGGGGUCGAGUUAAACUAAAUGAUUCAGCAAAAACAGAAGCUGUUUAUGAACCAGCCACAGGGCGAAUAUUGUGCCAAUUGCAGGAGUGUGGAGAAGAGGAGGUAAAUCAGGCAGUGUCAAAUGGCCUCACAGCAUUUGGGAUUUGGAGUAAAAUGUCAGGAAUGGAAAGAGCCAAAGUGAUGCUGGAAGCAGCUCGCAUUAUUGAGAGUCGAAGAGAGGAGAUUGCAGAGGUAGAAGUGGUGAACAACGGAAAGUCAAUCACAGAGGCCCGUCUGGAUGUGGACUCUGCCCGGCUGUGUAUUGAGUACUAUGCAAGCCUUGCCAGCAGUCUAGCAGGACAGCAUGUUCAGUUACCAGGUGGCUCGUUUGCAUACACCCGGCGUGAGCCUCUUGGUGUGUGUGUUGGAAUUGGUGCUUGGAACUACCCUUUCCAAAUAGCUGCCUGGAAAUCAGCCCCAGCCCUCGCCUGUGGAAACUCCAUGGUUUUCAAGCCAUCGCCAGUGACCCCUGUAACAGCAGUUCUUCUAGCGGAGAUAUAUGCCCAAGCUGGCGCCCCCAGUGGGCUAUAUAAUGUAGUUCAGGGUGGGCAGGAGACUGGCAUGCUGCUUUGCCACCACCCCUCUGUGGCCAAGGUGUCCUUCACCGGGAGUGUCCCUACUGGCAAAAAGAUUAUGGAGAUGGCCGCCAGCGGGGUAAAGCCGGUGACGUUGGAGCUCGGAGGGAAAUCUCCUCUGAUCAUCUUUGAGGACAGCGACUUGGAAAAUGCUGUUAGAGGCGCAUUGAUGGCAAAUUUCCUCUCUCAAGGCCAGGUCUGCAGCAAUGGAACUCGGGUCUUUGUUCAGAGGAAGGUUCUGUCCCAGUUCCUAGAUGCGGUGGUGCAGAGGACUAAGGCCAUCCAGAUAGGAGACCCCCUGCUGGAGGAGACCCGUAUGGGGGCGGUGGUGAGCAGGCCACAGCUGGACAAAGUGCUGGGCUACAUCAGCCAGGCAAAGGAAGAGGGAGCCAGGAUACUUUGUGGUGGAGAACCAAUCACUCCUGUUGACCCAAAGCUCAGGAAUGGUUACUACAUGUCUCCUUGUGUACUGGACAACUGCACAGACGACAUGACGUGUGUGCGGGAGGAGAUUUUUGGGCCAGUGAUGUCAGUGUUGCCAUUUGAUACAGAAGAGGAGGUUCUUCAAAGAGCUAAUGAUACUACCAUGGGCUUAGCAGCAGGGGUCUUCACAAGAGACGUAAGACGAGCACACCGGGUGGUGGAAAGUCUACAAGCUGGUACCUGCUUCAUUAACAACUACAACAUCACUCCUGUGGAGGUGCCGUUUGGGGGCUAUAAAGCAUCAGGUAUUGGUAGAGAGAAUGGCCAGGUUACCAUUGAAUUCUACUCUCAGCUGAAGACGGUUGUCGUGGAGAUGGGAGAUGUGGAUAGUCUUUUCUAAACACAGAACUUGUCAAGACACCUCAAGCACCUGUUGCUUGAGUCCAGUCCAGUCCAGUCCAGUUAGCAUUUGCGGUACAAUUUCAUUAAUUCGACUGAAUACAAUGUGACACUAUUGGACCAGAGACAUUGGCCAUAAAAGUUUGAGUCUUACUGUCAGUAUGUGAUUGUAACAACUUUUUAAGGCAAUUAUUACCUUACUAAUAUCUUCUACUUCAUUAAAAUACAAUUAUUGCUUUAUUAUCUGCACUAGUUUCAACUGAAUGUGUGCAGUGUAUUCGGGUCUGCAUACUCGCUCUUUUCAAUAUGGAAAAUGUACUUGAGCAGCUGUCUCAACCUUAACAAUCUGCAUUAAAUCGUCAAUUUUGUUCAACCCGAUAUGUCAAUUAUGGACAUGGAAUAAUGAUCAUUGCUGUUAAAUGUGGUUAAGGCUUUUUCAUGAAAAAAUCAACUAAAGUCUCUGUGUAUAAAUCAGUUUAAUAUACUUUGUAAAUAAGUAAAUAAUUAAAGUGAACAUUUGCAAAACCACAAAUACACAAUCAUGUUUAUGUUUCAUUCAGUUAUGUUUCUUAACAGUUUACAAACGGCAUUCCCAUAUAGGUGGGACAUUUGGUAUUU